AUGAAGCCCGUCGUAUCUGCUUUGAACGCCUGGUCUUGGUACGCUCCCCCAUCCCAGAGAUCCAUCGAAAAGUCUAUUGCUCUAACAUCUUGUUUCGUGGAUAGUGUUGUUAUCUCCGCCUUCGCAAUCAUCAUUCUCUCAGUCUUAGGCUCGCUAUACAGCAGUAACAACCACGCAUACACAGGAUCAGAAGGUGAACCUGAAGAUGGCCCUGCAGUCGCCGCCUCCAUUUACACUGCUGUGAUCGUCUACGCUGCUUACCUUCACAUUCGAGACAGUAGGGGAGGUGCUAUAUCACUGCAUUGA